AUGAGUGAAUUUGGAGGUCAACACCGUCAGCUGGCUCCGGGCCCUUCGCCCUCCAAGUCGGAAAAGCUACCAUCGGGGGACAGCCCCCCCGGGGAAAGCUUUCGGACCCCCUCGGAUGUCUCGAAGAAACGCGUCUCCAUGGCCUGUUUGGCCUGCAAAAAGUCCAAACGGAAGUGUUCGGGAACGGCGCCGUGUGACAACUGUCGCGCGUUUAAUCGACAGUGCAUCUUUGAUGAGACGCUGGAUCAGCGCCGCCGGGUGGCUGCGAAGCGCACGGCCGAUGAGCUCAGCUAUCACCGGGAUAUGCUGAACGAUCUCCUGAAGGUGAUGCGCGCGGAGGAUCAGACCCACGCGCUGAGACUGCUUGAAAUCAUCCGGGAGGAUGCCACGGCCGAGGAGAUUCGGACGUAUAUCGACGAUACCCUGGGCCAAAUUGAAGGACACAGCAAGGUGAGUGACGUGGCGGGGCGGCAGUUGCAGGAGGUGAGACGGGUGAUCGAUGUCGAAGGCGCUGGGCCGUCAUUUCGUCCCCAGGUCAUGGAUAUCCAUUACUUAUGCAACGAAGUACCCCACAGGGUCCCCGCAGAGCCCUGGACGACCGUGACCGGCGAUGCCGACCUUGUCUCCCACCUGGUGUCCCUGUAUUUCACCUGGGACUAUCCGUUCCAUGCCUUUCUCGACCGGGACGUGUUCCUCAAGCAUAUGCGAAAGGGUACCAUCAACUCGGAGUUUUGCAGUCCAUUCCUGGUGAACGCUCUGCUUGCGAACGCAUGUCACUUCUCGGACUACUCGGAGGCAUACGUCGAUCCGGGGGAUAUACUGACUAAAGGGGCCGAUUUCCUGGCCGAAGCUGAACGCUUGCGGGAGGAAGAACCCACGAAACUCAGCCUCGCUUACCUGCAAGGCACGCUCUUGCUGUUUGAACGGUACUCCAUGUCCGGGGAGGAUGAUCUGGGCUACCGGAUGCUCCACCAAGCCAUCUGGACCGGCGAGUCUCUCGGACUGAUUGGCCCACGGAAAGUCAGCUUGAAUCCAGGGCAGAUCUCGGACGACAUGGAUAUCUCGAUCAAGCGAACGGCCUGGGGGCUGUUUCAUAUUGACACAGUGGUGCAUGCCGAUUUCCUGCGGCCGAGUCUCAUCGACAAGGUCAACCUGGAACGGCCCAACCGGUACAGCGCCGAGGACUCGAGUUUGUGGUACCCUUACCCGUCUCACCGACCGGCUCGGUCAUCCUACCUGAGCCACUACUUCAACGAGUCCUGCAACCUGUGUGAGAUUGCCCGCGAUGUAUCGCAGCGGCUUUUCGGCAUCGAUGUCAAUGCAGUUUCGGUCGAGUACCUGCGUCAGAUCCAGGAGACCCUUUACGAGAGGCUCCGUGGCUGGUAUAGUACCUUGCCGGAUGUUUUCGAUCCGUAUCAUCGGCCGCCACCUUACAUCAUUUUGCUGCGGAUGCGCUACCACACGUUGGUGAUCAAUAUCUUCUCCUUCCGGAGCGAGCGAGCCAGAGCCACGCCCGACUCCGAGGCCCCCAAGACUCCCGAAAGCCCACCGGGUCUGAGCCCGCUGCCCAAGUACAACACGGCUGGAAUCGUGCAGUCGGCGGCGCGUGCAAUAGCGGCCCUGACCGUGCUCCACCGGCGCGAGUACGGCAUCAGUCGCGCGCACCAUUUCGCCAUGUACGCCAUCAAUCUGGCGCUCUUUACCCUGCUCGAGUUCGAGUCCUUUGAUAUCCUAGACCCGGACUUUCUCGCGCUCGCCAGCGCGUUCUCCAAUGUCGCCAGCCGGUCCCCCCUGGGGCGGUCGCUGUUCCACCAGUUCCGGCAGGCGGUGCAUGCCAAAGCGCAGGGUCGGCAGCUGCGGGAGUCCCAUGCGGUGUCGGAUGAUCUCAAGGCCAUGUUCGAUGAAGAAUCGACGUCGGCCUCGCAGUGGGACGAGUAUGCCAAGGGGCUGGAGAAGUUGGAGAUGGACGAGCGGUACCAUGGGGCAUCGGACGGGGAGUUCAGCCUGUUCGAGAUGCUCGAUCGAUACGAGAGCCUGAGCCUGGGCAAGGAUGAAAUUGCUCCGGAGCGGCCCCGGUACUGA